ACCACCCCGUCCCUCCCUUUCUCCAUUCAUUCAGCGUGAAAAUUUCGUAGAGUUCGGUCAAUUGUCAAUUGUAAAAUCUGCUCAAAGCCAAUUAAUUACCAAGUGAAAGAUGGCCCGUACCAAGCAAACAGCCCGUAAAUCGACCGGAGGCAAGGCGCCCCGCAAGCAGCUGGCCACCAAGGCUGCCCGUAAAUCGGCGCCUUCCACCGGCGGAGUGAAGAAGCCACAUCGUUACCGUCCUGGAACGGUGGCUCUGCGUGAGAUCCGUCGCUACCAGAAGUCCACGGAGCUCCUCAUCCGCAAGCUGCCCUUCCAGCGACUGGUGCGUGAGAUUGCCCAGGAUUUCAAGACCGAUCUGCGCUUCCAGUCGGCGGCCAUUGGAGCCCUACAGGAGGCCAGCGAAGCGUACCUGGUCGGUCUGUUCGAGGACACCAAUCUGUGCGCCAUUCAUGCCAAGCGCGUCACCAUUAUGCCCAAGGACAUCCAGCUGGCCAGACGCAUCCGUGGCGAGCGGGCCUAAAUGCCCAUUUCCGCCGCCAUCUUGGAUUGGAAAAGCAGUGGCGGCAAAACUACCAACCCACAGCUGUCGCUUGGAGGGGGAGAUUUGGAGGCGGGGAAGCGGAAACCCGAACCCCCGACCGCAGCUGCCGCCGCUUAGUACUAAGGUCUAUCUAUACUUACAGAUAAGUAAUCAAUAAACAAUGUUCUAAUAAAA